AUGGAUCACACAAGAGAUCCCUGCCCAUGGGUCAUUCUCAACGAUUUCGGCGGUGCCUUCGCCAUGGGUGCUAUCGGUGGUACGAUCUGGCACGGCAUCAAGGGUUUCAGAAACAGUCCCUAUGGCGAGAGACGAGUGGGCGCCAUCACAGCUAUCAAGAUGCGCGCGCCAGUAUUGGGUGGUAACUUUGGUGUCUGGGGUGGUCUCUUCUCUACAUACGACUGCGCCGUGAAGGGCGUCAGAAAGAAGGAGGAUCCAUGGAACGCCAUCAUUGCCGGUUUCUUCACAGGUGGCUCGCUCGCCAUCCGUGGCGGCUACAAGGCGGCGAGAAACGGUGCCAUUGCUUGCGCUGUCCUUCUUGCUGUCAUUGAAGGUGUUGGUAUUGGUUUUCAGAAGAUGAUGGCGGGUUCCACAAAGCUCGAAGCCCCACAACCACCACCUUCCAACGAAAUGAACCUCGCAUAG